AUGUCAGACUCAUCCUCACCACCCCGUCGUCAUUGGAACGGCUCUGUCGGCGCGCGCCACGAACAUCAAAACGUCUGGACAAACGGCGGCGUGCGGUCAACCGCUCCCUCAGCACCAUGGGCAGGCUGGAAUGCCGAUAAGAAGCGUCGCGAAUCCGAGUCAUCCACAAAAUCAAACGAAAGUAGACGCUCCAGCGGCACCGGUAAACCGCUUUUCGAAACUUUACAUUCUCAAAAGAGGGGAAGUUUCUCAGACCCGAGCGAUGAGCAGAGGAGAAAGAGUUAUGACGAGAUGAUGCCUGAGAAAGGUUUUUUUGGGAAGUUGUGGCAUGGAUAUACGAAGGGGGCGAAGUAG